UGAGGAAAUAACAGUGAACAUUUCAUUUAUCUUACCUAUAAACUGUAAGGUGUAUAAUAUUUCUGUGUAAAGAAAAUCGUUAUCAUGACCAUUAUUAGUAUCAUGUUUUUGUGAAUAAAACGAACAUAAGAUAGUGUGAUUUUUUUUCAAUGUUGACAAUCAUCUUCGAAUUCUAAAAAGAAACGACGACUACCUCAAAAACACUAAUACUGUGAUAACUUUUGUUCACUUAUCACAAAUGAAUCAUUAUAAGUAUUGUUUCCAUUAUUUCUCAAAAAACACUAAUGUAAUAAUGAACCAAUUUCUUUGAACUCUUUCACUGAUCAUUAUGAUGACGACAUUGUUAAAUAAUAUUAAAGAACCGUUACAUCAUAUACCAAAUCAAUCAGUUAUGACAGUUACAUCGAAUUAUACCGAUUUAACUAUGCUAAAUACGAAAAUAACUACUAGUAACAACAAUAAUAAUAACGGGAGUGAUAUUACUACUCAUAAUGGUAUAACAAGUAGUAGCAGCAGUGGUCAUUGCAGUGAUAAUAACGAUCUAAAUGUUGCUGAACCACAUUUAUUACUGGACAACUGUGAUGAUGCAAUGUUAUCAUCAUGUAACAGUUCACUUAUAAUGGAUGAACGUGAAACUAACUCAGGCAGUAAUUCACCAAUGAUCAAUGCGAGUGUUACGAUGACAACUAAUGAGAAUAUUAUGACUAACAUUAACAACAACAACAACAACGCUAACACCAACACUAACAAUAACAGUACACAUUCUAUAAUGCAUACAUCACCAUCGUCAUCGUCGUCUCCAUCAUCAUCGUCAUCAUCAUCAAUAUUGGAGCAUCAUCAAAUAUCCACCUUCAAGAAUAGAGAGUCGAAUGAUUUUCGUUGGAAUACAAAAAAUACAAAAUUAUUUGUUGGACAGAUACCAAGAAGUAUGCAAGAAAAUGAUUUACGGGUAAUAUUUGAAGAAUUUGGACCAAUUUAUGAUCUGUUAAUCUUAAGAGAUAAAAUUACUGGGAUGCAUAAAGGUUGUGCCUUCGUUACAUUUUGUCAUAGACAAUCAGCUUUAAAAUGUCAAGAUGCUUUACAUGGUAAACAGACGUUGCCUGGGAUGGCAAGACCGUUACAAGUGAAAACUGCUGAUAUGGAACGUCGUACAGAUUGUACAACUAGUAAUAUGGAUGAUAUUCUUGAUGCAAUAGUUGAUGAAAAUGAUGAAGUUAUAUCUGGUAUAACUAAAGAAGAACAAAUAAAUAUUGUACAUGGUAAAGCUUCAAAUAAUCCACCUUGUUCAAGUUCCAUAACACAUUUAACAGUAUUGAAUAAUAGUUUUCAAUGUCAUAUAGAACAAUCAACAUCAUUAAAAGAUACAACUCAUACAACUAAUGAUAAUUGUAAUCAGGACGAUAAUAAUAAUAAUAAUAAUAAUGUGAAUAUUUCAAAAAAUAAUAUCUGUAUUACAAAUAUACCUAAAACUUUAACUGAUUCUUGUCAUUCAUAUGAGUUUUUAUUAAAUUCGGAACAUUUGAAAUUAGAAGAAAUUGAUGAUAAUUCAAUACAGUCAAAUGCAUCAAUGAUAUUAUCAUGUAAAACAACUAUAAUACCGUCAUCAUUAUCAUCGUCAUCUUCAGAUACAAUAACAACCUAUACAACUAGUGGAUUGAUAGAUAGAACUAAUUUAAAUGAUACAGAUUUCAUUCAACAACAAUAUCAUCAUUUAAUGGAUCAACAACAACAACAUUCAAUGGAGACAAGUAAUUUGAAUUCACAAAGAUCUUCUAAACGUGGAAGUAAAACUAGUCUGAAUAGUAUGGACAUGUGUAAUAAUAGUAAUAUUGGUGGUAGUAGUAGUAUUAUUAAUAGUAAUAAUAUUAGUUCUAGUCAUAAUAAUAAUAGUGGCAAUACUAAUCAAAAAUCACGUAAUUUAAAUGCUAUUACAAAUAGUAAUAACAAUUUUAGCAGUAAUACCAACAAUAGCGAAGAACGUAAAUUAUUUGUUGGUAUGUUAAGUAAACAACAAAAUGAAGAUGAUGUCAGAUUAUUAUUUGAACCAUUUGGUACAAUUGAAGAGUGUACAAUACUUCGAGAUCAAAGUGGAAAUAGUAAAGGGUGUGCAUUUGUAAAAUUCUCUACACAACAGGAAGCACAAUCUGCUAUUCUUACGCUACAUGGAAGUCAAACAAUGCCGGGAGCUUCAUCAAGUAUCGUUGUGAAAUUUGCCGAUAGUGAAAAAGAACGUCAUACAAGAAAAAUUCAACAAUUAAUUGGUCCAAUGGGUCUAUUUAGUCCAACCAUAGCAUUAUCUCAACUAAAUGGUAAUAUGUAUUCACAAAUGAUAGAGAAUAUGGCACAAACAACAGGUUAUAUAAAUCCAGUUGCUGCAUUGGCAUUACAACUUCAGCAUGCCAGUCAAUUAGCUACAGUCAACUUACCGACUAAUGUAACAAAUUUAGCAAUGAUUUCUGCUUUAACCAACGGUUCCAGUGGACAUUUAGGCUGUGCUCCACUACUGCAUAGUCCACGUUCAGGUACUGUUAAUCUAUCGCCUAACUGUCAUACAAAUCCAAUGGCUGCGGCAGCAGCUGCUGCCGCUGUGCUUGGUAUGUCCGGCAGUAAUCCUCAGCUAACGCAAAUAUCACCUCAGAUGGCAGCUUUAUCCAGUGUAAACAACACAUGUAUUUCCGGAGAGACAGGAAAUAAUAACCCCACUAAUAAUGGAAACUCUACAGCGGCAGCGGCCGCCGCUGCACUCAGUACAAAUGCAGCCAUGGCUGCAGCCGCCGCAGCUGUAGUUGCUAUGGCAAAUGGGAAUGUGACAGGGAAUGUGAAUUCAAAUGGAACAACAGGUGGUUUGGCAGGACAAACAAUAGGCUUAGGAUCUCCCGGAACUGGUGGUCACACACUAGCUCUACAUGCAGUUCCUGGGACACAUACACCAUCGGCAACCCUCAGUGGUCUUGGCGCUGUUUCUCUUCCUUUGAAUCAAGCAAUUUCAAAUACUUCUUUUGGCUUAAAUACACUAACAUCUCCAUUAACUGGACUUCCUACUGAUGCACUUUCCCAUUUGUAUCCCAGUGUUCCAACUUAUGGAUUAUCUUAUCCUUCACCGGUCACAUCUGCUUUAAAUCCAUUCGCUACAAUGGCACAUCAAGCACUUACAAUGCCUAUACAACAGAAAGAAGGUACUAAAGAUCUGAUAUUAACAGCCAACAGUUUAACAAAUGAUCAACGGACCAGAGGGAUGCAAUCUUUUCAUAUACCACCUACCACAGGAAUUUGGCGAUCCGGAAUUGGCUCAGAUGUUUAUGCCAUUUGGAACAGUAAUCAGUGCUAAAGUAUAUGUUGAUCGUGCAACAAAUCAAAGUAAAUGUUUUGGUUUUGUUAGCUUUGAUAAUCCAACAAGUGCACAAACAGCUAUACAUGCAAUGAAUGGUUUUCAAAUUGGUAUGAAACGUCUUAAAGUUCAAUUGAAACGUCCAAAAAGUGAUUCGACAAAACCAUAUUGAAAUAAAACUACAAUAAUAAUAAUAACAUUUAGUGUUCAAUAUGAUUUUAACUUUAUUUUCUUCUCUUUUUUUUCUUUUUUUUGUUUAUUCUUAUCUUCUUUAGUGUCAUUAUUUUAAACAUUCUACACUAAUAACAAUUUAGUAUAUUUAUAUUUACUAAUUACAUGUACACAUCCAUUUAAUUGUAUUCAAUGUUCACUAGUUUAGAGAGAGAGAGAGAGGGAUGGAGAGGAAGUGAAAAUGGAAAUCAUGCAUACAUGUGAACACAAAGUAAUAGACAAAUAUAUUCAUCAUAAAUAUAAUGGUAGAAUGAAAUCUAAAAGUGUAUUCUUUUAUUUUAUUUUUCUUUCGAAAUUCAAUAGAACCUAUUCAUUAUUUUGUCUAGUGUACAUACUUGUAUACACAUAAUUAGAUUAAUAGUAAUGAAUAAGGGAUUAAUUCUUUUAAGAAUUACAACUCGAUGAACAUCUUCAGUUUAAUCAAAUAAACUACAUUUCCAGAUAAUAAUAAUAAUAAUAUUGAAAGUACAAUAAAAUAUUAAAAACUGGAUAACUUUUUAUACUACUGAUUUUGGAAAAAAGUAGUUCUAAACAAAAUAAACAAAUGGUCAUAUUUGGAUGAAUGAAAAACUAACAUUUAAUGUGAUGUUCUUAGUUCUUACUAGUUUUAAAGAAGAAGGAAAGAAAACAUGCAAUUUUUUUGGUGGAAUAUUUUCUGUAAUUUUAUUUAAUGUUGUGUAAUUUGUUUCAGAAAUUAAUCAUUUAUUGUACCGCUUUGUCAUCUAUAUCAAAUCGGUAUAAUUCUACUAAUUUUAAUGUAUGUAUGUAUGUAUGCAUGUAUGUAUGUAUGUAUGUAUGUAUGUAUGUAUGUAUGUAUGUAUGUAUGUAUGUAUGUAUGUAUGUAUGUAUGUAUGUAUGUAUGUAUGUAUGUAUGUAUGUAUGUAUGUAUAUGUUUUGUUCACAAUCAUUUCUCAUAAUAUGCUAUCAUAAAGUAAACGACCAAAAAAGAAGAAACUUCACUUGUUUCCUUAAUCACUAGUAAUUUAUUUUGAUCUCUAUUAUUUUAUUCCUUAAAUUGAAAAUUAUUUUGUUGUUACUAGUCCUCUUUGCAAACUAAUAUUGACCAUAAUCUUUGGCUAAUGGUAUUUCAUUUCUGAAAUCGAUACAUUUUUUGUGUUAUUUAUUAACCUACUUGUAAGUAUGCAAAUUUGUUUAUCUUAAAAUACUUCGCAUUUAUUGUGAUCGAUGUUUGGAGGGGAUGGAUGAUAUGCUAUAACUGAUGAGAAAUAUAUACAUUACUAAAUGUACUGGUCCUAUUGGUUGCAUUAUAAAUAUUCAAAAUUGACAACAAACAUUGAUAUACUGAAAAUUUACGAAACAAAUACAAUAAGUAAUCAUCUUUUCUAAUUUUAUUAUUUACUUAUAACAUUUGGAAAUUAGUGAGUAGUAUAUGCAAUCUAAUAUGAAAAAGAGGAGAAUAAUAAUUUGCUUAAUUGUUACUUUCCUUACUCGGAAUUAAAUUUUAUUUUAUUUUACACAACAGUAAACAAAAAAUAUUGUUCAAAUAAAGACUACAUAAAUUACCCUUCAAUAUUAGAAAUAAAUACAUUUGCAAAGAAGAGAAUAUCAUAAAAAUGCAGGUAAAUAUAUGAGUUAUUUCAGUCAUGUAACAUCUUCAUACACAUUUAUACGUAUACACUUAAUGAUCUCAUGGCUAUAAGAUCAUCAUAUUUCAUCUAACUUUGAACUGGAUUUCAAAUAUAUUAAUAAUUCUUUGUAAUUAUUUGUUUAUAUGCAGUGUAUGUGUGUGUGAAAAGAGAAUGAUAAAAUGCUUAUUUCCUUU